ACCCAUUUCAUGAAGCUCCAGUUCUUGUGCUGAUGUUGCUUCCAGAGGCAGUUUGGAACUCGGUGUUGAGUGUUGCAACCAAGGCCAGACGAUUUUUAUGGGCUUCAGCAUUCGGCGGUGCUGUUCUGUGAGCUUGUGUGGCCUACCACUUCCCAGCUGAGCCGUUAAUGCUCCUAAACAUUUCCAAAUUUGACGACCUGACUUGUUGGAAAGAUGGCAUCCACAUUGAAAUUCACUGAGCUCUUCAGUAAGGCCAUUCUACUGCCAAUGUUUGUCUAUGGAGAUUGCAUGGCUGUGUGCUCAGUUUUAUACACCUGUCAGCAAAGGGUAUGGCUGAAAUAGCUGGAUCCACUCAUUUGAAGGGGUGUCCACGUUCUUUUAUACAUAUAGUGUAACUUAUUUUAUUUUGGUAUCUGAAAAUUCAUAUUUUUGUCGAGACCUAUCAGCAGUUUAUUCACAAAGGUCUAUCACAGAAAGGUCCAUCACAGAAAGGUCCAUCACAGAAAGGUCCAUCAUGUCUCAAACGACCAAUCCACGCGAUGCAGGGGCAGGCGCUGUGAACACGCACGACUACGCACCUGUAUAAGACUCCAGUCAAGAUGCAAAGUUUCACAUUGAUUGCGGCGUUAUAAAGGACUGUAGACACGAUAACUUUUAUCAUACAAGCUUCAAUUACUUAAAAUGAACAGCUAAAAUAAGCACUCAACUGUAUGGAGCGCGAGGACUAUUCUGUGAUAGGCCAUCGAGAAGCGACCUGAUGCUAGUAGAAGCACCGGUGUUGCAUUCUAUCUGUGAGGAUGGGCGAGCUACUCAACCACAGCGGGAUUUUGGCAUUGAACAGGACUUUAAUGGAUGAUGACAAAUUCGGCAGUCUGGAGGAUAUUGACGUGACCGCGGACGGCACUCCGAUUCUAAGGAUAAUCAUCUCCGUUGUUUACUCCAUUGUGUGCGCGGUAGGGUUAAUUGGGAACUUGUUAGUCUUUUUCCUAAUGAGGUUAAAACAGGGCCGGAAGAAAUCGAGUAUUAACUUUUUCAUCAUCAACUUGGCAGUGACGGACUUCCAGUUUGUGUUGACUCUGCCGUUCUGGGCAGUGGACACCGCACUGGACUUCAGCUGGCCGUUUGGAGACGCCAUGUGUAAAAUCAUCCUUUCCGUAACAGUUAUGAACAUGUACGCUAGCGUGUUCUUUCUGACUGCUAUGAGUGUGACCAGAUACUGGUCUGUCGCCUCGGCUCUGAAGAACCGGUCGAGACAGAGGUCGUGUUCGGUGAAAUUGGUGUGCGCGGUGCUGUGGGUCUCCGCAACCAUUGCCACAGCACCCACUACCAUUUUCUCCUCAGUGACCGUAGUGGCGGGGGAGAAGCUCUGCCUCAUCAGGUUCCCUGAGGGACAUGACUGGCUCGCGCUCUAUCAUCUCCAAAAAAUCAUCAUAGCGUUCGUAAUACCCAUGCUGAUAGUGUCCGUCUGCUAUCUGAUGCUCUUACGGUUUAUCCGUCUGAGGAGCAUGAACAACAACCACCCCAAAAGGAGGUCGAGGGUGACCAAAUCUGUCACCAUCGUCGUCCUCUCCUUCUUUCUUUGCUGGAUGCCAAAUCACGCCAUCACAUUCUGGGGUGUAUUGGUGAAAUUUAACGCUGUCAAUUGGGAUAAAUCCUACUAUUUGGUCCACACCUAUGUAUUCCCGGUGACUGUGUGCCUCGCGCAUGCCAAUAGCUGCUUGAACCCAGUUCUGUAUUGUCUCAUGCGACGUGAAUUCAGAAAGAUGCUGAAGGAUUUGUUUUGGAGAAUUUCCUCACCAGCCAUCUCCAAAGCCUGUACAAUACGUACGUUUACGGGGACGUGCAACACACGUGUAACACACGACGACAACCAAGGGGUUAUUCCAUUGAAUGUUCUAGACACCACACAAUGUCGACUGUCCUUUAUUGACAGACCGGAUCUUCCCGCAAUACCGGGUCUACCCGGAAUGGCACCUGAAGAUUCACAGUGCAUCCACCAGACAUAAUUCACUUACUCUGUGAAACGACUUGCUGUAAUUACGCAUGCAUUUUGGAACUAUAAAUGACAGAGUUCUUGAGUUCCCAAUGUUGCCAUUACCCACGAGGCACCAAUUGCGCAGAGUAGGCCAACGGAGUGAAAAGCAGUAUUUACAGAAAUGUUGGUGCGUCCCUGGCACGCACUGGAAUGGGUAGGACAUGUACUUGGUAAACUUUGCGCGCAAUGAUUACAUGUUGAUUUUAAGAUAAGAGAGUCACACAUUUAGAGUACACCGAAGUCCAUAUUCCCUGUGGAUAUUAUGCCCAUUGUUGGAAUGUUGAGAUGUUUCUUCUGUCUUCCAUUCAAGCUCACACAUUGCCAUUCAGAGCCAAUGCACACAUGUUUGGUACAUGAAAAUGGAAAUAAAUGUGAUCUUAUUAAUAUGUUAUCAGUGCUUCUGUUGUGGUAUCUGAAUAUAUGGCUGAGUGUAAAAGGGUCAUUACAAUGUAUGUGAAAUAAAGAGAAUAUCAAUUAAGCAUCUUGGUCGAUUGAUAUAUUCAGACAAUAUGUUGUGUGGGUCAAUUUGCUAUAUAUCAAUUACUAAAACUCUUUAGAUGUCGAGAAAUGGUCGAUUGAAGAUAUUCAAUGCGUUAUUGGAGAUUACUUAAUGCGUAAGGCCGCACAAGUUGAGCUGUAAC